AUGGCCACAGACAAAAGCCAAGAAAAGGAGCAAGUCGCAGAUAAAAAUGCAAAUGUCCCAGAGACAGCAGAACCCAUGACAGUAAGCAGCUCUGCUGGAAUACAGGAGACAUCUGUAGCAGCUGAAGUGGAGAACCAGCAGCAACAAUUUCCUACUCCCUCACCUAAUGUGGCUGUCAUUCCAGACAAACACCAAGAAAAGGAGCAAAUCUCUGAUGAUGCAAAUGCGACAGAGACUGCAGACCCCAUGAAAGUAAGCAGUUCAUCUGUAUCAGUUGAGAACCAGCAACAACCAACUCCUACUACAUCACCUAAUGUGGGAUAUGUGACUGUUGUGUCAGCACAGACCUCUCCAAAUAUGAAGAGGAGAAAUUCAAAUGAAAUAGGAAAAGAAUCCAAAAGGGCAAGGGCCACAUCAGAAGCUGGAGAUGCUUUCUCUACAGACUCCACUGUUGCCAACACCACUGCAGUUCAUGCUCCUAAUGCAACUACUGCUAGUGUUACUGUCAGUGCUCCAAAACCAUCAACUGCCACUGUCUAUGUGAAAUUAGAAGGUUCACAUGCUGCUGGUUCUGAAGAUUCUUACAGGAAUGAAGGUGCUGGUGAUGUCCAAAGAAACCCAAACCCCAAUGAUUCACAGGGAAGCUAUAAGAGAGACAGCAAUGUGAACACAGUGAAUGAACAGAAGAAUUUGAUUAAGGAAUGA